GGGGCGGCUUCAACCUUGCAACUUAUCGGCUCCUGGCGGUGAAGCUAUUCCCAACAGUCCGGCGCGCCUAUCACGAAAGCUAGUUCGAACUAGGCGCCCGUCAUAUAUUGCGGUAAGGAUACUGCUCCCCUCCUUUGUGCUAGCAGGCUGCGUUAUCUCCAAAUCUGUGGCCCAUUUCAUUGGACAACAAAGCUUGUCUCUCGUGCGCUUAGAGGAGUGUACAUGCAGUCGACGUCUAAGCUCCGAUCCCUGGGUUGUUCGUGGCACAGCUCUCAUCAGGCUAAAUGCCCAGCUGCGGAAACGUUACCGAGGACUCCACUACACUUCAAACAGCUAUCUCCAUCUCGGAUGGGGCUCCACUUUGGACAUAGCUGGCCUCACUUGUUAAUGGUUCUCCUUUGGGUCAACUUCUUGGAGGCUCCCAUUCAAUAGAUAUGAGCGACUCUUCAAGCCCACAGUCGGGGAGCAGUGGGGGAGAGGGAGGGACAAGCCUCGCGGCUACACAGCUGGAAUGGAUGCAGGUUGAAGCCGUACCAAACAUACACGUCAACUCGCCUGGCUCUCAACGGGAAGUGGACCUUCACUUUGUGACAGAGACAGGAGUUGCAAGGCCCAGGGGUACUUUCCGAAAUUUGAUUCGAUCCCAAGCACGACGCAAGCUGCGUCAUCGAGCCAGCCCGUCUAAAAGAGCAAGAUUGAAAUCGACUGGAGACGACGAACAUACCGGGACAGAGCAGCAACUCCCACCUGCAAAACUGACCAAUAUUAUUGCUCCGCUCGUUCGGUGUCCCGAGGACAAUUCGCACGACCCUUUUGACUCGAUGGUCAUUGGGAAACGAGGCAGGACGCACUUCUACAUCAAGCAUUACUACAUCACAUUCAAACACACGUACCCAAGCGAUGUCAUGACUAAUAAGGCAAAGAAGGAUAUUGCCAUGCGGCAUGCCAUGGUUGAUCCAUCUUUCUUUCAUGCCACUCUUUUCCAUUCCGCCUUGAACCUUUGCAGGAUACGAGGUACAUCAUUUAGUCGAGAUGUUUACUACCACCAUGGAGAGUCGAUCCGAAUCAUCAAUAGAAAGUUAAGCGAUCCGAAGUUCUGGAAGGUCUCGGACAUUACUCUCCUGACUGUUGCAUGUCUGCUUCAUUUUGAGAUCCUUGCAGACUUUGGCUUCAAUGGCGUCCGAGCUGGUCUUGAGACACAUGAAGCUAAGAUUCACUUUGAUGGCUUGCAAGCCAUGGUGAACGGGAGAGGCGGCUUGGAGAAGAUAUCAAAGGAAUUCGUUAGUGGCAAAAGUGCUAACACUUUUGUUGCAUGGACUGACACGUGUGUAUCGAUUGCGCUGAACAUUCGGCCACGAUUCGAGCUUGUUCAAGGCGAGGAGGAAAAGGGUGACGAUGACUGGACUCCAUACAGUGCCCUCGCACGUCGAUAUCAAUCCAAACUGAACAACCUUACUGGCAAUGAAGAACUGGCUGGGGAAUGUGUACACAUCUACUCGACUUUACGAAACGUCCCUCCCAUUCAAGAAGAUGAUGCACUCGCCAUGAUCGAGAAGGGUAAUCCGACACCAGUGUUCCAGUACAAAGGUCAACUCGAACGCCACGAACGCCGAAGUCUAGCUCUCAUCCUUUCAGCCUCAGAGUCCUCCAAUCACGAAAAAAGCCUCCUAAUUUACCAACUCUUCGGCAAUGCUUCCCUAAUCCACACCCUCCUAUUCAUGCGCAAUUCCCCCGCCAGUGUCCCCCUCUCCCGCCUCCUUUCAUAUCGCAUCCACAAACUCCUCACCACCAUCGACCUCCACGCGUACCUCCUGCAGUACCCUGAAAUGCUCCUCUGGAUCUUAAUCAUGGGCGGUCUUGGCGCGGCAAACACACCGACCCAACAGAAUUUCGCCGCUACCCUCGCUGAAUCCUGCCUUGCGCUAGGACUCGUGGGAAUCAGUGAAAUAGCACUCAUGCUAGAGGACUUCCUCUGGUACGAACUCUAUUGCACUCCUCUAACAAUGGCGUUCUGGAGCGCUGUCGCGGCUGAGCAGGGUGUGGGGGAGAGGAAUGUGGUUGUUAGUACUAACGACAGGUCUCCUAAAGUCACGAAACUGGGUUGAGAUUUGGACAGAAACAGGAAAACGAAAAAUGUGUCAAUGGGAAAUAAGGUUACAAAAUUUCAAGGCGUUUGGACGAUUGCAGGCGCCGCUGGUGUCAUUGUGCUUAGGUAGCGUAUAUGGAAAUACCCCACAUUCAAAGAUCAUGUCCAAUAUCAAAAAUGCUUCUAUGCCACGGAUGUAGAGGUAAAGUCAAAUGGAAACACACCACAAAAUGCCAUUUCGGAUAUAGAGACUGUCAAUUGCGCCGAUGUACAAUUUGAACUUAAUUUUAGCUUACCCCACUAUCAAAUGCCAUAUUGCAUGCAGAAA